UAUAGUUGAUCUUCUAAUAAUAAAUUUGCUAAUAAGCGGCCGCUCCUUGUAUUUUUACAUCAACAAAUUAAAAAAGUGAUUAACAAUAUGGCUCACGAUGAGAACCUGCUUAAAUCGCAUUUGUCCAACUACAAGUACCGAGACAUUACAUCACGAGAAGUCGUCGGUCUGAUUCAAAUGUAUCGAAGUCUGACAUAUCGCUUAGAAGCCUUUGUGUUUAAUAAUGGAGUGAGGAAAGAUUUACUCAAUCUUGAAGGCACAAUUCCAGUGAACUAUAAAGGAUCGUUUUACAAUAUCCCUGUUUGUAUUUGGUUGAUGGAUACUCAUCCGAAAAAUGCACCGUUAUGUUUUGUAAAACCUACAGCUGAUAUGUCCAUAAAAGUUUCAAAAUACGUCGAUAGCAAUGGUAAAGUUUAUUUACCUUACCUACAUGAAUGGAAUCCUAAUGGCUCGACGUUAUUGACACUCGUGCAGUGUAUGAUAACGGCGUUUGGGGAAAUACCUCCAGUAUUUUCAAAACCACGAAACGAAACUCAGCCGUCUUUUCCUUUUCCAUCAUUUAUGCCUCAAACUUCAGGAUAUCCCUACCCUACUACCAGCUUACCUGGUCCUCCUUAUCCAUCAGUGACACCCUAUCCUGCAACUUCUAAUUUGCCAUACCCCAAUUUCGGUUCACCUUAUCCAGGCUCUGUUAACAGUAACGGUACACCUUACGCGCAGCCAAAAACGACACCAUACCCACCUUCAACUGGUUAUGUUGCUCCUGAUGUAGCUGGGGGAACAAUAACAGAGGAGCAUAUUAAAGCUUCAUUACUUUCAGCAGUUGAAGAUAAGUUAAAAAGAAGACUCAAAGAGCAAUCUCAACAGUCACAAGCUGAACUUGAAACCUUACGUCGUACGCAACAGGAGUUGCGUGAAGGUAAGUCAAGAUUGGAAGAUAUUUUAACAAGAUUGCAGAGAGAAAGAGCUGACCUAGACAAAAAUGUUGCAAUAUUACAAGAAAAAGAGAAGGAGUUACAGUCUGCUGUAGAACAUCUGGAUGAACAGGAGAGUGUGGACGUGGAUGAAGCAGUUGUAACCACAGCACCACUUUAUUCACAACUUUUAAAUGCAUUUGCUGAAGAAGCUACUCUUGAGGAUGCUAUAUAUUAUAUGGGAGAGGCUUUACGGAAGGAAGUUAUUGAUUUGGAUACAUUUUUGAAACAAGUUCGUACCCUGGCUCGGAGACAAUUCACUUUGAGAGCUCUUAUGCAUAAAUGUAGGCAGAAGGCUCAGCUUGCAUGCUAAGGAUAACAGUUCCAGGUAAUGUUCAUUCUGUUUACAAUGUUAUAAAUUAUGUAAAUGAUAAGCUUGCUUGUAUUACUGAUACUGAGAACAUUUUGUAUGACACAGUUGUACUGAAUGCAGCGAAUUGUCCAUAUCAGUGCUGUUAUAAGUUUUAUUGCAUUUCUAAAUAAAUAAAACAAUUUGCUUAUGAUA